AGAAAGCGCUCAGCAGCAGCAGCUCGUUCACACUAGAGACCAGAGUCACUGGAGAAACCUGCGCUGCUUUACACACACUGAGAACACCAAACAGCAUCUCUACAAGGACACGAAUUAUUUGACGUGGAGAAGGCAUGGCUGAACACAUGAUGAUGCCUAUGACUCACGGCUCUGCUGGAGGAGGCCUGCAUGGGUACCGCAUGGGAAUGAACGGCCCUUCUCCGCACGGACACCAGCCCGGUCUGCGAACCCUUCCCAAUGGGCAGCUCAUGCACUACAGCAGGGGGCCCCAGAGCUCAAUGGACGCGGCCAUGAGGCAGAGGAACGUGAUGAACGGCGUCAUGAACGGUCAGGUCAAUGGCCAGAUGAGCGGCGGACACCCCCACCAAAUGCAGCAAGCCAAUAUGAUGUACGGAGGUCCCAAUCAGCAACCGCAGGGUCACCCUCAAACCCAGCACCAUCAUAUGCACCCCCCGAACCAGCACCCACAGCAGUAUAUGGGUGGAGGAGGCCUUACAGCAUCUCAGCAGCUUAUGGCGAGCAUGCAUCUUCAGAAACUCAAUACCCAGUACCACGGGCAUCCAUACGGACCCAUGAACGGCCAUCACAUGGUAAACGUCCAGCACAGGAUGGGUCCUGCUCAGUUGGCAGGCAUGCAGAUGGGGAUGGGUGGGCCAGCGUUGGGCCUCAACGUCAUGGACAUGGACUUGAUUGAUGAGGAGGUACUAACGUCCUUGGUGCUGGAGUUGGGGCUGGACCGGGUUCAAGAGUUGCCUGAGCUUUUCCUCGGACAAAACGAGUUCGAUUUCAUCUCAGACUUUGUGUGCAAGCAGCAACCAAGUACUGUCAGCUGCUGAAGUUCUUGAAUCAGAGAAAGACUUGGUCACCAAGAAGAAGCUGGGGCAAGACAAGAAAAGCUAAAACAACCAGGUUCUCUGUAUCUGUGAAGCUGUGCUAUGCAUGCUGCAGUGCACGCUGUCUUUCAAUGAGGGAAUCAACUUCUGGAUGUUCUCAGCACAAUUGUGGCUUCAGCGAACAGGCCUUGACUUGUCCCAUUGGUCAUCCUGGAUUGACGGUGACCAAGUGUCCCAGGGUUGAAUGUAACUUCACGUGGUGGACAAAGAAGUCUGCUUGGAACUUUGCUGAAACUGCUUUGCCCUCUCACGGGGCAACUAGAAUCAAUAGCAUUUAGAAAUGUAUUUAUGUAUAACACCUACCAAAAAGCAAACAUGAUCUGUGGUGAUAGAGACUUGCCUUCUCUCAAACUAACCCCACGACUUGUUUUAGAAAACUGAGAAUGAGUGUGUUAAGUGGGAAUUGAAGGCUGGUACUUCAAAAUGGGUUUUUUUUCCAGUAGCUUUUAAUGAUGUUUGAAACAGCAAGGAGGUGUUGAUGUAGUAGCGGUUGGGUAUGAAACGUUAUUCGUGCACAGUGUUCUACGUUUGGUUAUUUCCAUUCUACUACUAUUAAAAAUUUGUCUGCCUAGUAAAAAGUUAUUGCUUUCAACACUCUACAUCUGACUGAACAAGACCCAAAAUGAGUGGGAUGUCUUGCAUUCACUAUAGGAUGUGUCUUGAUACUUUCAGGAAUAUUUCUGUGUUAGAAAAAAUGGUGGAAUGUGUUAUAGCCUCCCUUAUCAAACGCCGAGCCUGCGCUCCCUGCUGACGAGUCUAAACUGCCUUAUAGAUUUUAGACAGAUACUGAUAAAUAUUCACUUACCUUGUUCCACAAAAUGAGGAUGAAACUGCUUUCUUUGUAUGAUUCAUAGAGGUGACAUUGAAACUCCAGCUUUUAUGUAGUGUUUGCUCAUAUGCUCCUUAUUGUAGAAGAAAGUGGACCACAGUCUCCAUUAAGCCACAUGCUUGCUAAUAAAAUUAAACCUUUCACUUGUUUCUAAAUUAACCUGAAUGUCAGUAGUUGAACUACUGUUCAAAAUUUCCAGAUGAACCGACCUUACAAACUAGCAUUAAAUGUUUCUUUCCUCCUUGCUCCCCAAACACUGCAGGUUUAAAUCUGAUUACAUUUAAAUUACACUUACAACCUUCUUGUUAAUUGAGGUCAUCAUGGUGAGUCAUCUCAGAUGGCCUGAUAAUUACAAAAUGGACAUGUUCAUUUGCUUGCUAUCGCUCAGGGUGUAAUGAAGAGUUGGGAAAGGCUGGCCUGCUGAGUUUGACAACUUCCUGUGUCGUUAUGUUGCCAGUUCUUGAGCUCUCUGUGGGGGUUGGGUUGGUAUGGAAAUAGCACUGCGUACAGUACUAGUAGGUUAAUCUGUUCCACCAGAGCCAGGCUCAAUUCCCUCGACUCUACCCUCCUUUAGCUCGGGUAAUUGCUCUACGUACGGCUUGGUAUUGUGAACAGUUGCCACAGAGGGAAAAAAAAAGCACAAACAACUUGAUGGGUCAUAUCCUGUGUUUUACAACUCCAUCUUGGCUGAUUGUUUAGGGCUUUGAUUCGUAAAGAACGGGAAAAUUGUUUUUGUCAGCCGCAUUUCUCGUAUCAGUAGAGACCGGAACGUCUUCCCUAAUAUCCUUAUUCUUGAGAAACUAACCACAUCUAGAAAGAAGAAAAACAUCAAAUGAUCUGUAGAUUUGUAAUUGAUGAUUGAAUGAUUUAUCACAUUCCCAGAGAUCCAAUCGUUUGUUUUGUUCUGUUAAAACUUUUAAACGAAUGCUACAUGAGUUUGUCAGUCUGUUAAUCACAAACCACCUUGCAGGUGCGAUUGUAUGUUCUCUUUCAAACUGUGCUGUCAUGUACUGUCGCCAUGCUUUCACAGAUGCUUUUUUUCUAAAUGUUCUUGAUUCUAUCUUAAGAAAAUGUAUUUAUUUUCAUUGAAAAUAAAAUAUUUAUUUUAA